AUGGACAACGCAACUACUCCUACAAUUUCAGUCACCGAUGAAACUUUGGGUACUUACAGCCUCGAGGAGUCCUUUGACCUUGCGGACCGCUUAAGAUCCUCUUUUGUAGAAGGCACGGGUUAUCAUCAGAGAUUCCUACCGUUCUUAACCCUGUCGAGAAUCUUGACCAAGACAUGCAUUGAGGCUCAUCUAAAGAAAGAGUACGGCGAUCUUGCAUCACAAUAUGCGGAUCAAAUUAGGCCGUUAUAUGUCAACGAGGCUGAUGCGCCCAAGGAUAAGCCUUUUCCAGUGCCUUCAGGUGAGCACACGUACCUGAGGACUUUUGCAACUCUGGUCAUGAUUGAAAAAGAAGGACAAAUUCAUGAAUUCAUUCAACAUCGAGUCUGUGACGGUGACCUUCCCCUCACUGUGGACGUAAGAAAGAAUGCUGUAUUCCGGAAGGAACGCGAUGAAAAUCCCCUUGGCUGCUUCAGAAGCUUUCGCGCCUCUCAAUUGGACCACUUCGAAAUGGUGCAAUGGAGAUUCACGACCCCUUUCUUUCAUGCUCCUACAGACAGUAACCGGGUAUUUAAAUACGUUUUAAACCAGAGAACCAUCUUACCUUGGUGUCGUCUCGAUGAGUCCGAUGUUAGACUGGGGAAAUUCUACAGACAUAUAACCCAAGGCGGUUAUGGAACAAUUGAGCCUAUCAUGAUUGACAGGUCGUCUCACAGCUUUGACAAGGUUCUGCGAGGAGUGAAAUCUGCCGCAAAAGGCAUCUUUGCCAUCAAAACAGUCAGGCUUGAGGACCGUUAUGAGUACGACAACGAAGUUAAAGGACUUCAACGAUAUGGCGUCGGCCAUCGGCAUAUCAUUCAACUUCUGGCGACCUUUGAGCUACAUGACAGAUAUCACAUGAUAUUUCCUUGGGCUGCUUGUAAUCUUUACGAGUUUUGGAAAUCUGACCCUUUUUCGGAGACUGGGAACCGAGAUCUCGACGUUAUCCGUUGGAUGUCUACACAAACUCUCGGUUUGCUUGCGGCCCUGGAUGCUAUUCACAAUCCCCAAGGCAUGCAAUUUUAUGGCCGGCAUGGGGAUAUUAAGCCCGAGAACAUUCUUUGGUUUGAAAUGGAUGAUGAACCUCACGGCUUACUUGUUCUGGCAGAUUUUGGGCUUACCAAAUUUCACCGGGAGCGCACCAGGUCUCGGACAAAAAACACAACCGUGGGCUACACGUACACCUAUGCGCCCCCAGAGAUUGAUAUUGAAGGUGGAGUUGUGUCGCGAUCUUCUGAUAUAUGGUCUUUCGGUUGUGUCCUACUUGAGAUGGUCUGCUGGCUGUUAGGGGGCUGGGAGCUUUGCGAGGCAUUCUCACGUGCUCGACUGACAGAGGAGGACGCUUCAGGUGUCCUGAGGACUGACAAGUUCUUUGCAAUUGUCAAACUAGAGGAUGAUGAGCUGCGCCGCUUCACAGUCAAACCACAAGUAUCAGAUUUCAUUCGAAGGCUUGAUCAUCACGAGUCAUGCACAAACUAUAUUCAUGAUAUUCUGGACAUCGUUGAGAAAUACAUGGUUGUUGUACGAACGGAGGAUGUGAAAAGAGCCUCCAUCGGCGAGCUGCUCGAGAAAUUUAAGGAUGUCGACCGGAGAGUCCAGGAUGAUGAUCAGAGGGACUACAUCGCGAAGCCCGCGCCUGGCCCCCGCAAAACACCAACCAAAGCGCCUACCGCAGUCGAGGCACAUGUGGUCGAGAGAAAAUACACAUAUUCACGCGAUAGUCGAUUAAGACUUACGCAAAGAUUCACAGACCGUAGCCGCCAGAGUCAGCGCCAAUCCAUACGAAUCCGGCAGAUUAAUGACGCUGGCCUGGUUAUCAGAGAACCGCAUUCGAUAACGGGCAGAAAGAAGGAAUUCUCGCCUGAAAGGCUCUUAAAUGCUGACAAGAAUAGUGACUUAGCGGCUGCACAGAUGAUUGAAGCGAAGGUCUUUGACGUCUUGGAUGAGAGUUUUGAUGGCACAAACACCUGCUUGGCCAAAUUUCCCGUUCAAUGGCAGGUUCCAGUUUGCGUCCAGGAAGAACUCGACGGCAGCACCAAUCUUGGCCCAAUCCUCACUAUAACAGGGACUUCUUCAAAUUCUUGGGCGGUCUGCUGCCGGGAAUAUGUUUCAGCAACCUGGAAAGAUGACGGCACAUUGUUUCUGGAAGAUCUAGAAGCAUUUCUAGUUCAAAAGCUACCUUCGAUAGGCACCCAAGUUGCGAAAGAACCUACAGUCAACCGGCCACUGUUCAUGAGCGGAGACUCUGAAGACACUGCAGUAGUGCUCUUCAAAGGAUCUCGAACUCAGAUAUCAGUAUUUUCACAGUUUCUUUGCUGGAUUGUAGCGACCUUCCGACUGCCCGAGCCGAAAAUGACUACCAGUUCUUCGGUCAGCUUCCUGCAUGCACCAAGGGUCGAUGAUAAGGUCCAAGAGUUUCGUAUUUCACUGGAAGAGUUGAAACCUCUAGAUCAUGGCACACCCGGCACUUGUUGGACCCCUCUAUUUCCUUCCACGGUCAUAGCCGAGGGCUUUGAGGUUCCAGUUCACCCAGGAGUCUUUGGCUUGCAGAUGCCCUUUGAUGCGAUGCUUGAACUGGCUGAGAUAGUUUGCGAUGUCAGCCUAGAGGACGACAAGGGUACUGCAACUGGUAUCUAUCUCGAUGGCAUCUCCUUUUUCCUCUACCCAACCUCUUACAAGACGCAUCCCGGUCAACAGCCAGUCGUCCAAUGGAAUUUGAAAGAGAAGGCCCUGGAUGACGAUGGAGAUCGAGACCCAGCCAUCGCCCCCGACAGAGAUGGUGGACCGUUGUGGACCAAAAUUCCGGACUACAAGACCCUGAGAACAUCAAUCGCAGUUUUGGGAUACUGUGAGAAGGCUCUGGUGCAGUUGGGUACGGAGGCCCGCCGCCAAUAUCACAACGAACCACAAUACUCACGUGCAGAGGUCGAAAGGCCCAACAUUGAGGCAUCCUUGACCUCACUUACUGUGGGUUCAAGUGCAGGGGGUGCUAAAGCCGAGGGUUCCAUAGGGUUCAAAAUGAGGAAUGGCCUUAAGCGCGAUGUUGAGGAGAAGAAGGAAUUAAGCUACAAGCAAGUCCUGCGGAUCUCGCAGAAUAAGCCAGUCAUCAUUUAUGACACUCAACGUCAGAACGAGCGCGCAUGGAUGGUUUCCGAACUAUCUAUGAUCCUCGAGUUAUUCAACAUAUGGGCCCAGCAGGAAGGUCUACGAGGCAUCCAGUAUGCUACUGCGAGUGCUGACGGAGGCGCCGCUGCAUUCAACGUCCUCGCCAAUAGAAGUUAUUCGGAGCGCACUGCUAUCGAGAAGAUGGCUGAUGAGGAUCCUUCAGAUAUAAAGAUCUCGGGUAUUAUCAAGAGGCUAUAUGGCCGAAUCCACAAGACGAGGAGUAUCAAUACAAGCAGUGAUGAGGGUGCCCCUGGAACCUUGUCGCUGGGUCGGUCCACCAUUAAGGGCUGGGACUGGCUUGAACUCGUAGAUGGGUUUGAAAGGUCUACGAGCCAACGGCGGCAAGUGUAUGCUUCCCGGAUAUUCGGGUCUCAGCCAUGUUGGCUGCCGUUCACAAAGUUCAUCCCCGUCUUCUUCGCACACGAGGUUGGGGACCUGAUAGUUCCGGAGCAGCCAGACCAGGGGGCCGUAGAAACACGUAUCUUGCUGUGA